CGUCCCCGGGAGCAAGACCAGACUCUGAACUGAAAGCUCAGCAUCCUCUGGUAGCUUGUGAACCAUGAUGAUGGACGCUGGCAUGGACCUGCUCCACAGCUCUGGGGUGGAACUGGUGCAGUAUCUACAGCUGAACUACAGGGACUCCCAGAGCUGGUUCACCUUUAUCUCCAUCGCCGCUGACCUGAGAAACACUUUCUUUGUUUUCUUCCCCAUCUGGUUCCACCUGUGUGAGGCGGUGGGAGUCAAACUCAUCUGGGUGGCCGUCAUCGGGGACUGGCUCAACCUCAUCUUUAAAUGGUUUUUAUUUGGACAUAGACCUUACUGGUGGGUCCACGAGACUAAGCUCUAUGCUAACUCCUCUCUUCCCACAUUACAACAGUUUCCCUUAACCUGUGAAACUGGUCCAGGAAGUCCAUCAGGUCAUGCGAUGGGCUCAGCCGGUGUCUGGUACGUGAUGGUGUCUGCAUUCCUGACCUUUGGACUACAAAAAAAGCGAAGUGGCUUCCAAAAAUGGAGUCUCCACAUUGUGCUGUGGACGGUGUUCUGCAUGAUCCAGGUGUGUGUUUGCACGUCCCGGGUGUUUCUGGCUGCUCAUUUCCCACACCAGGUUUUUACCGGAGUUCUUUCAGGAAUGGUUGUGGCCGAGGUGUUUGGCCGGAUUAAUGCGAUCUACAACGUAAACUUCAAGAGGUAUCUUCAGAUCACCCUCUUCCUCUUCUCCUUCGCUCUGGGCUUCUACCUGCUGUUGAAAGUGCUGGGCAUCGACCUGCUGUGGUCGCUGGAGAAAGCCCAGAGAUGGUGCGCCCGGGCUGAGUGGGUCCACAUUAACACCACCCCCUUCGCCGGGCUGGUGAGGAACAUGGGAGCCUUGUUCGGACUGGGAUUAGCUCUGAACUCACCCAUUUAUGCGGAGAGCUGCAAAGGGAAGAGAGGCCAGCAGCUCAGCUUCAGAAUAAGUUGCAUUGUGGUCUCCUUGAUCGUCCUGCACCUGUUCGACUCGAUGAAGCCCCCGACGCAGAGGGAAUUCCUGUUUUAUUUCCUGUCCUUCUGCAAAAGUGCUGCCGUGCCUCUGGCAGCUGCUGUUUUAGUUCCAUUCUGUGUGUCACAGCUUGUGAACAGACAGGACAAGAAGGAACUAUAACGUCCCAACCUAAAUCACCUUGUGGACUGCAUUGCACUGUUUAAUAUACUGUAAAACAUGAGCGACUGGAAGUGUGCUCUGUUCUGUAGCAUCUGGAAAGAGAAGAGCAAAUGAGAUGAGAGAAAAAGGAAGACAAGGGGACAGGAUGUCACCCUGAGAGAGAGGAAGCAGACGAAUAGAUGGGGAGUACGUCUGUCAGAGGGAUAAAGACAAAGCUUUACAGCGCCAUAGACCCGGGUUCAAUCCUGACUGUGGGUGCUGUCUGUACGGAGUUUUACGUUCUUCCUGUGACCGUGUGGGUUUUCUCGGGGUGCUCCAGUUGCAAAGACGUGCACGUUUGUAGGUUAGUCUCUGUAAAUUACCCCUAGUGAGUAGGGUAGAACUAGUGUAUGGAGAGUGAUUGCUGGUCGGUGUGGAUUCGAUGGACCGAAGGGCCUGUUUCCAUGCUGUAUAUCUAAACUAAUGUCCAAGAAAGCUAGUAAGUGUAGAAAGGAAAUGCAGAUGCUGGUUUACACCGAAGAUAGACACAAAAUGCUGGAAUAACUCAGCAGGACAGGCAGCAUCUCUGGAUAGAAGGAAUGGGUGACAUAUCGGGUCCAGACCUGAAA